GAACUGACGUCAUCUGUUGGUUGUUGCUAGGAAGGAUACCGUCAGGAAGGUGAAAUUGACUGAAAAGUCAGUCUAGUGGUCAGUGUGGCGAGCGAGGAGCAGCAGGGAGGAUCAACACAUUCCUUCAGUAAGGUUCAGCUCGGCAAGCACCAACUGCAGAACUGAAGAGUCAGUACUGUGUCUCAGCGUCGUCUAGUCUGUAUCCUAUCCUUUAAGGAGGUUGUCAUGUCGUGGCUGAGGAAUGAAACACUUGAGUGGGAGAAAGCAAACGUGGUCACCUUUUUGGUCAUCACGGCAUCGAUCAUUUACACUCUUGUGAGACUCUUCAAAUGGCAGCAUAAGGUGUGGCUGCUGUAUCAGCUUCCAGGACCUCGAGGAUUUCCGGUGCUGGGUAACGCACUGUACCUCAAUGUGGAUCCUCCAGAACUGUUCCAGAGACUUCUGAAAGUGGCUGAGAGUGGGGAAGUUGCCAGGUUCUGGACCAUGUACACUCCUUACUGUUUAAUUAGCAGUGCCACAGCUGUGGAGACGAAUCUCCAGCUAGCGUGGCCGUGACGAACUCUAGCUCAAGUACCUUCACUGCCGUCAACAUGACUCAAGAAAUCGUAAUGACACGAUUGCAAACACCUAGUUGGAUGAAUCUUAUUGUGGCUAGCUGGUCUAGUGGCUAACGCGACGGGCUGGAGUUUUGAGACUCUCUGACCGCGGGUUCAAUCCCGGCCGGGGGUAUGGUUUUUUUUCAUCACAUUAAUAAAUAAGCAGAUAAAUUCA